AUGAAAUUAACGUUCCUUGUCGCUCAAAAGAAAUCUCUUGAAGAACUCAGUCGGAGAACUGCAGAGAUGAGGGGAGAAAUGAAACAGGCAAUCCUAAAGUGCGGAUAUCUGCUAAAGAAAAGUGAAGUUCUUAAAAAAUGGAACCUUAGAUAUUUUGUGCUCAGCAGAGAAUGUUUGUGCUACUAUCAAAACGAGGAGGAAUCGAGGACGGGUGUACCAAAAGGACUUAUAUUCUUCAACGACAUGUCAGUGUACAUAGACGAGUUACCAGAUAAACGGAGCAAAUACUGUUUAAAGAUAGUAAAAAAAUCAUUGUCGCCCCAAAGAGCGUCUCGGACAUAUUUAUUCAGCUGUUUCUCGGAAAGAGAAAGAGAUGGAUGGCUUGCAGAGAUUCUUUAUGCAACAGCGGAGGCUUUAGUAAUGGAUCCAACUUCGUGGAUUGGAAGACGGGAUAGUACUCCAACUGAAAAUCUGGACUUUGAGGUUUCUAGGCCUCUGGCUCGCAACGUUUGUAGUUCCUUCACUGCUAAGGAAAUGCUCCAGAGAUGUAGACUAAAGCUUGCGACGCUUUCGCUCAGUAGAACAUCGCUAUCUCAUGCUCGGAGUUGCACGAGUGUCUUCGACUUCAACGCUAAUAGAGUUCUUGGCGUUAACACAUACUGA